CAAGCUGACAGAUUUUGUGGUCCAAUAUAAACUUGCGAUAGAAUAUGCCAGUUGAGAGUAGGAUUAUACUUUGAACUCCUCACAGAUACAUGGGAAAACUUCUCAAGACUUUUGUUUUAUUCUUCAUGGAAACAAUCUAAAACAUUCAACUAACUUGAUCGUCUGAGCAUUAUGUCAGCUAAAAAACUUCAAUUGAUGGAUGUCUCCAAAAGCCACCCAGACUUUACGGCCAUUAAUACCAGGAGUGAAAUUCAUAUUAGUGGUUUAGCAGGGUUCGUCUUUCUCAUGUUGGUUACUGCAAUUGUGAGUGUGGGUAUCAUAGUUCAUUUCGCAGUAGGCAAUAGAGAAACGGUCUGCAGAUGUGAGCCAGGGACUACGUUAAAAGGACAGACUUCUGAAUGCUCAAAACUUGCCAGUCAAGGAAAUAAGGAGUUAUGUGAAAAAUGUCCAGCUCCUACUUCUACGCACAUAAGACGGUCCGCCACGCAAAAAUCAACACCAUGCUCAGGGUAUAACGCAUCCCAGGAACCCAUAUCAAACGACACAUCAACAGAGAAGCCGAAAUUAACAAACUAUCGGCUCCCCACUGCCCUGUAUCCUCUCCAUUACAACGUCGAGCUACAGCCCUACAUGACUGACCCUUACCCAGCAAAUUUCACCUUUAAGGGAAAGGUCAAGAUUUGGAUGCGAUGUGACCAGCCUUCUAACAACGUCACUCUUCACAUUUUGAGCCUCGAAGUGGACAAUACAAGUCUACGUUUCUAUAGCGAUUUCCCAGGCUACAAUGGACCGUAUUACCUAACUUGGUCAGGGGAUAAGGACCGAGAGUUUUUUAUACUGAACCUUGACGGCUAUACAGAGGUCGGGAAAACGUAUGUCAUAGAAAUGAGUUACACGUCACCUUUGAAAGAUGACCUAUUUGGACUCUAUUACAGCACCUAUACCAGAAAUGGCCAAACAGUGUACAUGGUGGCAACUCAAUUUCAAGGCACCUUUGCUAGAAAGGCUUUUCCAUGUUUUGAUGAACCAGCCAUGAAGGCUACCUUCAAUAUAACUCUAGUAAGACCUAGCCAUUUGAUCUCAUUAUCCAAUAUGCCGAUAAUUAACAAUUCAACAACUUUUGUAGAGGAAGGCGUGACGUAUGUUAAAGAUGUUUACGCUGAGACCAAACAAAUGUCCACUUACUUACUAGCAUUCGUUAUCAGUGACUUUUCAUUUACUCAAGAUAAAACUAAAAAUGGAAUCACAUACAGAGCUUGGUCAAGACCAGAAAUAGUACGCAGUACAGAGUAUGCGUUGGAGGUUGGUGUGCAAAUUUUGAGCUAUUUCGAAGAGUUCUUCAAUCUGAAGUUUCCACUCCCUAAACAAGAUAUGAUAGCAAUACCAGAUUUAAAUUUUGGCGCUAUGGAAAAUUGGGGACUUAUUUUUUACAGAGAAGUGAAUAUGUUAUACACAAGUGGAAUUUCUAAUGAAGCUAGUAAAGAACUCGUGGCUACGGUUGUUUCACAUGAACUGGCUCAUAUGUGGUUCGGUGACCUUGUUACACCUAAAUGGUGGGAUGACUUAUGGUUGAAUGAAGGCUUUGCUACUUUCGUUCAGUACCUGGGACUAGAUGCCAUACAUCCUGAGUGGAAAAUGUUUCAAAAGCUAACACUCAUGGAAAUACAUAAAGCCUUUAAUUUUGAUGGCCUGGUCUCUUCUCAUCCACUGUAUGCCCCAGUUGGUCAUCCAGAUGAAGUCAUUGAACUGUUUGAUGACAUCCCAUACGCUAAGGGAGCCUCAGUUAUUCGUAUGAUGCGGCACUUCUUGGGAUAUACAACGUUUCAAAAAGGAAUGAAUCUGUAUCUAUCAAGCAAAGUAUAUUCUUCUGCAUCUCAUACGGACCUUUGGGCAUCGCUUACAGAGCAAGCCAGACUUGAUAACAAAAAUAUUAAUGUGAAAGAAAUUAUGGACACGUGGACUCUCCAAAUGAACUAUCCAGUGGUCUCAGUGUCACGUGACUGCACGGGCAGUAAAAAUCUCAUGGUCCACCAGGAACGAUUUCUAAUCAAUUGUGAUGCAUCAGAGAUAGGAAAAUAUGUUUCGCCUUUUAAUUACUCUUGGAGUAUUCCACUGACAUUUGCAAGUAGCUUAACAUUAAAGUUUGAUCAAACAGAAGAAAAUAUUUACUGGCUGUGGAAAUAUGAGACUUCAAAGACUUUUGAAUAUAAUGAUUUGCCACCAAGUUGCAAUGAUAACUCAUGGUUCAUUUGUAAUGUACAACAAAAUGGUUACUACAGAGUUAAUUAUGAAUUAUCCAACUGGCAAGCUCUUAUCUGGCAGCUGAAAACGGACCAUACGCUUAUACCAGUCAUAAAUAGAGCUCAACUCAUCAAUGAUGCAUGGAAUCUGGUCAAAUCUGGUUAUUUAGAAAUAGAAACUGCCUUCUCGAUCCUAGCAUACCUGAAAAACGAAAGAGAGUUUGUCCCUUGGAAGGCUGCAAAAAACGAACUUGAUUACCUUGUCGUAAUGCUGGCACGUACCCCCGCAUCUGAAGGGUUCCAGGUAUUUAUGCAAAAGCAAUUGGAAACUUUGUUUAACUUGUUUGGAAUGGACUUAGCAGGUGCUUCACACACAGAAAUCGCGGCAAGAGCAUUGAUAGCAGCUGAAUCUUGUAAAUAUGGCAUUCCAAAAUGUUUGAAGACUGCAAAACUUCUUUACGAAACAUGGAUGAAUAAUUCCAAAAUUAAUGUAAUUGACCCCAACUUAAGAAUAAGUGUUUAUUGCGCAGCCAUUUGGAAUGGGGGAGUUGAAGAAUGGGAGUUCGCCCUUAAGAUGUACAAUGAGUCAGAUGUGGCCUCAGAAAAAUUAAAUCUUCUUACUGGACUGUCAUGUUCUAACCGACCUUCUAUUCUCCAAAAUUAUCUGAAUCUUAUAUUGGCAAACAACUCCUGCAUUCGUAAACAAGAUGCUGCCGAUGCUUUGUCAUUGGUGGCUAGCAGCUCUGUAAUAGGAAGAUAUUUGGCUUGGGAUUUCUUUAGGUCCCGUUUUCAAGAGAUACUAAAUCAAUUUGGCAGCUCACCUUUUCAUUUCGCAAAUCUCAUAAAGGGUAUCACGAGCUCAUUUAACACAGAAAUUGAACUGGAAGAUCUGAAAAUGUUUAAAGCAAGCCAUGAAGGGAACUUCGGAGCUGGAGCGAGCGCCAUGACUCAGGCUGUUGAGAAAGUUGAAGCCAAUAUAAUGUGGAUGGAGAAGUAUUACAAGAGUAUCGACAAUUAUUUGUCUGAUCAGAUUUAAGUUUUUCUCUUAAAUUAUAAGACACUUUAAAAAUUUGAAUUUAUUUAUUUUUAACUUUAGUAAAUACCGUUUCCUAUGUAACAGAUUUAUUAUCAUUCUGAAGCAAAGAAAUGACGUCGUGGUCAUUUAUUUUAAGUGCAUUGUUGGGAUGAUUUAUGUUUAUUUAUUUAUUGUGAUUUCUUUUAAAUUUAGUUACGGUUCAAACAGAAUCAUCUUGCAGGAGAUUAUAUAUUUGACUUGAUAACGCACUGAAGAAACAUCUGUGUUCUCUUCUGCUUCUUCUUGAUUAGACUUCUUCAAAAACAAAACAUAGACCUAGACUUUCAAUUCGAUGCCUACUUCAAUUUUAAUCUCUUGAUAAUAUUCAACUUUUUACAAGCAUAACUUCAUCGGAUAUAAUUUAUCAUUUAAACAACUUAAAAAUACAACUUCGACUGGUAUAACUGUAACUAAUGGACCCACAAAUGUUUAAACUUAUUAUAACACAAGACCGUUCCCCUGCAAGGACCGUUACAAGGCGCGGACCCCGAAUAACUUUCCCGUAAUUUAUACUUUUCUAAACCGUAUUUUCCAGAAUCAUAGAAUCUUCUAUCCUAAUUAUUUUAUUAACUGUGACCUUCUAGAAGCUGACGUAUGCUAUUUUUCCCUUAACCUCUUUCUCUGAUUGGUUGACUAUAAUUAACGUGUGUUUGCUCUGGUCUUCUAUGACCUGACCUGGGCUUCUAGAAACUGGUCGAAUUAGGUUACAUCAUUGAGUCGUGACAAUUGUCCAUCAUCAGUUUUUAAUAAUUAGGGUAUUCAACUUUAAUAUAGUGAAAACAAUAAAAAGGGGCAAAAUAAAAUUUUAUUUGUCACAAAAA